AAAUUUCCCAAAAUUCUUUUAAUAAGUUUCUAAUGAGCCAGAACCCAAACCCUUCCUUCGCAAACGAGGCUAGCAUGCUUCAGAGAUACAACGAUCGGAUGCACAUGAUGAUGUUCCCUAAUCAAAACCAGAAAAUGCCAAAAAUGCACGAUUACUUAUAAAUAAUGGUGAUAUUAAGGAGAGCUUACCUAAUUCAUUAAAUUCCAAGCUCAGAGGCAUCACCGGCAGGGACUACAUGAACAUCAAGGAUAUAGACGGAGUCGUCUCUAAGCCUAACUUUAUACAGUACAAGUCUAAGCAUAAAGAUUUCAAGCUUGAUAUCAGCGAUAUAGCGAUUAAGUCUCCGCAAAAGAUUAAGCAACAGCUUAUGGUACCAAAGGAUCCGCUCAACCCUCGCUAUGUACGGCUGACGGAAAGUCGCAGGCAUGUCCAAGUCUAUGGCGAGAUAGAGGGCGGCAAGCCCAAGAAGACUAUCGCUCCUAGGACCAGGAGACAGACUAACAUGGUUGAGGACAUAAUUGGCAAGAAGAAGCCUAAUUCGCAUUAUUACUCCAACAACAAUGCUGCUUUAAGGAAGUCAGGUUUGACAACUAAUACUUGUCAGACAAAUCCGAUUACAGGAGAGGAGGUUAAAGUCAAUAUAAAUUUGCCGAAGCCCGUCAGCUUUUUAAAAGAAAAUCAUGCUGAAAAGUCCAGGAGGCUACAAAGGAUAUUGAAUAAUUUCGAAAACCAUAACCGGUCAACUCAGGAGAAUCUUCACUUGGGUUUAAAAAAUUCUUUGGAACAAGGAUACUACAAACUUAACACUCGCCCGAGGAUGGAAGCCAGCCCAACUCAGGACUUGGCAAGUAAAAGAAAAAUGCAAAAUUUCUCAGAAGUCAAAGGAAGAAAACAGGAAAAUCUGUUACAUUCGUCAAAAGAAUUUGAACAUUCUGUUCUGCCUUCCUUUUCGAAACGGAAAAUGGGAAGGAAGUUGGAAGACUUCAGUGCUUAUGAUGAGAUAGCUCCAAAGUCCAAGCCAAUAAUGACGAAUAGAUCACGGCACGACUUACAUCACGACCUCAAGAAGGGGAGUAAUAGCUUUAACUCAGGUGAUUUCCACAAGAUUGCUCCAUCACCUACUCACCAGUCGUACCUCAGAGUUAGUAAGGAGCCGAUGUCCAAACGAAUCAGAAGACCUGCUGACAUAAACAAAACUAUUAAGGAGGAGUACAACCUGAAGCCUAUCUCUGACGCCUUACCUAAGAUGAAGAACUCCAAUAGUAUCUCUAAGAUGAAGGUUCAUGACCACAAAGGUAUCCUCGAGUUGUCCAACCUGAAGACUAAUGUAGGCAAAAAUGCAGGUAAAUUGCUGCCAAAUGCUCGUGACAGGGUGAUUAAGGACAUGAAAGGCAUUCAGAAUAACAACAGGGAUAUCUCCAAUGACAAUCCCUUCGUUAGAGUCACGACCAAGAGGAGACUGGCUAGUGAUCUCAAGGGAUUUACUCACAAAUCUCUUGUUUAA